AAAUUGUCAAAAUUUUUUUAAUGUUUUACUAAAAUUUUCAGUUCCAAGAAAUUGGGAAAUUAAUUAAAAACUAUAGUUAUUUUGGUUUUGGUGUGAUUUUAGAUACAGUAUUCAUAUCUUAUAAAUAUUCAUGAUACUAAAAUUUGGAAAACAUGGUAAAAAAUGCAGCCUAUGAUGAACAAAAUUUACAAGUCUGUAAAGUCUCAGAUGGUGAAAAGAAGCCUUUGAUAAACGUAGAUGCAUUAUGGUGUAUGUAUAUGUGCUCGGUGCUCGCUGCAUGUAACGCAGAAAAUGUGACGUAUCCAUUAGAUCUCAUAAAAACUAGACUUCAGAUUCAAGGUGAAAAGCAAAGUAAAAUUGGUGAAGGUCCCAAAAAGGGCAUGCUGGGUACAACACUAGAUAUAAUUAAUAAAGAGGGCGUAUUCGGAUUGUGGCGAGGAAUCAGCGCUGUAUACCUAAGACACUUAAUUUAUUCAGGAACCAGGUUAGUUCUUUAUACUCAGAUGAGAGAAUAUUACAUUAAACGCCAUCCAGAUCAAAAAACUUUUGGUUUUUGGCAAGGAGCUCUUGCAGGUUUAACGGCAGGAGGCAUUGGUCAAUAUCUGGCUAAUCCAGCUGAUCUUAUUAAAGUGCAAAUACAAAUGGAAGGUAAAAGAAGACUACUGGGUCUUCCCCCUAGAGUUCAUGGUGUACCAGACGCGUUCGUUAAAAUAUAUAACGCAGGUGGUGUUCGAGGACUUUGGAAAGGAUGGGUUCCCUCUGUCCAAAGAGCUGCUUUGGUAACUUUGGGAGACCUCGCAACAUACGAUCUUUCCAAACGAUUCAUUCAGAAACAUACAAACUUGCCGGAUGAAUGGUUAUUACAUGCCUUAUCGAGUUGUUGUGCUGGAUUUGCUGCAGCAAUAUUAUCGACUCCGGCAGAUCUUAUUAAAUCAAGAGUUAUGAAUCAACCAACUGAUAGUCAAGGAAGAGGAACUUUGUACAAAGGUGCUGUAGAUUGUUUAAUGAAAGCUAUUAAAGAGGAAGGAUUUAUGGCCAUGUACAAGGGGUUUUUACCUACCUGGAUUCGUUUAGGACCAUGGGCGUCUGUUUUUUGGCUUACUUACGAACAUCUUCGCAUACUAAUGCAGGCAAAAAGUUUUUAAAACAUAAAUAUAAUUUAAAAACAGGUGUAAAUUCUAAUAAAUUUUUUGUUCUCAAUUUAA